ACAUCAUUAGUCACACAUCAGUCCAUUAUUACCGCAUUAAUACAGUAAUAAACAAUACUUGCACAUGGACAGCUACAUAGUCAUGUCCCUCCCAGUCUGAUUUCACUACAGGGCAAAGAGCCUUUGGUCCAAUCACUCCUCUUUAUCAGUGUUGGAGAUCAAUCCAGCUCAGUCACUCUUAUUUCUGUUUGGACACAAUAUUGCUGUGAAUGUUAGUUAAUUGAUUUCAUUAGUGUGCAUAACGGAUAUGAUAUGAAUCCCAAAAUCCAGUCCAUCUGUAGCUAUUAUGUGACUAUGACUGAUGUUGAAGCUGUCAAAUCGUUGAGCAGCUGCUCUUGUCACGAAGCCACACCCUCCCUCUCAGGUUAGAAGUUCAGAACGAGAAAGUGUAGGCUAGUUAGAAAAAAUGACGCUCAAAUUGAAAUUCAUUAAACAAAAUACUGAAGAUUUCGAUCAGCCUGAGGGAGGUGUAGAUUACAUUGCACAUUCCAGUGUUCCUUAUGGAGGUGUAGAUUACAUUGCACAUUCUAGUGUUCCUUAUGGAGGUGUAGAUUACAUCUCACAUUCCAGUGUUCCUUAUGGAGGUGUAGAUUACAUCUCACAUUCCAGUGUUCCUUAUGGAGGUGUAGAUUACAUCUCACAUUCCAGUGUUCCUUAUGGAGGUGUAGAUUACAUCUCACAUUCCAGUGUUCUUUAUGGAGGUGUAGAUUACAUCUCACAUUCCAGUGUUCCUUAUGGAGGUGUAGAUUAUAUCUCACAUUCCAGUGUUCCUUAUGGAGGUGUAGAUUACAUCUCACAUUCCAGUGUUCCUUAUGGAGGUGUAGAUUACAUUGCACAUUCCAGUGUUCCUUAUGGAGGUGGAGAUUACAUCUCAAAUUCAAGUGUUCCUUAUGGAGGUGUAGAUUACAUCUCACAUUCCAGUGUUCCUUAUGGAGGUGUAGAUUACAUUGCACAUUCCAGUGUUCCUUAUGGAGGUGGAGAUUACAUCUCAAAUUCCAGUGUUCCUUAUGGAGGUGUAGAUUACAUCUCACAUUCCAGUGUUCCUUAUGGAGGUGGAGAUUACAUCUCAAAUUCCAGUGUUCCUUAUGGAGGUGUAGAUUACAUCUCACAUUCCAGUGUUCCUUAUGGAGGUGGAGAUUACAUCUCACAUUCCAGUGUUCCUUAUGGAGGUGGAGAUUACAUUGCACAUUCCAGUGUUCCUUAUGGAGGUGUAGAUUAUAUCUCAAAUUCAAGUGUUCCUUAUGGAGGUGUAGAUUACAUCUCACAUUCCAGUGUUCCUUAUGGAGGUGUAGAUUAUAUCUCACAUUCCAGUGUUCCUUAUGGAGGUGUAGAUUACAUCUCACAUUCCAGUGUUCCUUAUGGAGGUGUAGAUUACAUCUCACAUUCCAGUGUUCCUUAUGGAGGUGUAGAUUACAUCUCACAUUCCAGUGUUCCUUAUGGAGGUGUAGAUUACAUCUCACAUUCCAGUGUUCUUUAUGGAGGUGUAGAAUACAUCUCACAUUCCAGUGUUCUUUACGGAGGUGUAGAUUACAUCUCACAUUCCAGUGUUCCAACUUGUACCUGUCUAGGACUGGGGUUCCGCAAACGGAACUUCAAACCUCAGAUUUCCCACUUCCUGUUUGGAUUUUUUCUCAGGGUUUUGCCUGCUUUAUGAGUUCUGUUAUACUCACAUACAUCAUUCAAACAGUUUUAGAAACUUCAGAGUGUUUUCUAUCCAAUACGAAUAAUAAUAUGCAUAUAUUAGCAUCUGGGACAGAGUAGGAGGCAGUUUACUCUGGGCACACUAUUCAUCCAAAAGUGAAAAUGCUGCCCCCUAUCCCAAAGAAGUUUUUAACAAGGCUGCAUGGGAUGUAUCUUAAUGUGACUCUGUGCAGCCAAUGGUAAUGUCCCCUUUAGGUACACUGAACAAAAAUAUAAAUGCCACAUGCAACAAUUUCAAAGAUUUGACUGAGUAACAGUUCAUAUAACGAAAUCAGUCAAUUGAAAUGAAUUCAUUAGGCCCUGAUCUAUGUAUUUCACAACUGGGAUACAGAUAUGCAUCUGUUGGUCACAUAUAUCUUAAUAUCAGAAAGCCAGUCAGUAUCUGGUGUGACCAUCAUUUGCCUCAUGCAGCAUGAAAUCUCCUUCGCAAGCCUGUUGAAUGUUUUCCCACUUGGGGAGAAACUAGAACACGCUGUCGAACACAUCGAUCCAGAGCACUCCAAACAUGCUCAAUGGGUGAAAUGUCUGGUGAGUAUGAAGGCCAUGGAAGAACUGGGACACUGUCAGCUUCCAGGAGUUGUGUACAGAUCCUUGCGACAUGGGGCCGUGCAUUAUCAUGCUGAAACAUGAGAUGAUGACAGCGGAUGAAUGUCACGACAAUGGGCCUUUAGGAUCUCGUCAUUGUAUCUCUGUGCAUUCAAACUGUCAUCGAUAAAAUGCAAUUGUGUUCGUUGUCCUUAGCUUAUGCCUGCCCAUACCAUAACCCCACUCCCACCAUGGGGCACUCGGUUCACAAUGUUGACAUCAGCAAACCGCUCGCCCACACGACGCUGUCUGCCGUCAGCCCAGUACAGUUGAAACGCUGAUUCAUCCAUGAAGAGCACACUUCUCCAGCAUGCCAGUGGCCUUCAAAGGCGACUAUUUGCCCACUGAAGUCGGUUACGACGCAGAAAUGCAGUCAGGUCAAGACCCUGGUGGGGACAAUGAGCACACAGAUGAGCUUCCCUGGAACGGUUUCUGCAGUUUGUGCCAAAAUUCUCUGGUUGUGCAAACCCACAGUU